AUGGCAUCUUGCGGUACAUUUGUGCGGUUUACACUCUUCUUGCUCCUUGCUAUGGGGUUAUAUGACUCUGGCGUGGAUGCAAAGCCUGUAUCAUCAGCGUCGACUUGGUGGUGGCCUCGCCCCCAGCCCCGAUGUACCUCUCCGGAGACGCGUGUGGAGUGGACGACACUGUCGAGCGAGCAAAAAACGGCUUAUUUUAACGCCGAACUAUGUCUCUAUGCGGCGCCUGCUCGAACUAGCAUUCCCGGCGUGGUUUCACGUUAUGAUGACCUCGUCGGUGUGCACUCCACACAAUCAAAUACCACAGAUCUGGGUGAUCUUUGGCACCCAACUGGACAAUUCCUAGCUGUCCAUCGGUACUACGUCCAUACUCACGCAACGCUGCUUCGUCGAGAAUGUGGAUACAGAGGUCCCAUCCCUUACUGGAACGAAGUCCCCGACGCCGGCGCUUUCGCUAAUUCGACUACCAUCCUUGAUUUCGGUGGCGAAGGAGAGGAGUCAUCGGGCUAUAUAGUUCCCUCAGGACCCUUUGCGAAUUUGACAGUCCAUCUCGGACCCGGGAUGAGCAAUACCGAUCAUAGGCUCACGCGUAAAGGGGACGCGAGGAACUCUCUACAGGUCAACCAGACCUAUGUUGAUAGCGUUAUGUCUGCGACAACCUUUGCGCAGUUCCAAAAUUCCCUCUCUCGUAGUUUGCAUGGAGCUGGACAUGGAGGUAUUGGAGGAGACAUGAUUAACAUUUUGACUGCUCCUAACGAUCCACUUUUCUGGAUGCAUCAUGGAUAUUUGGACUAUGUCUGGUGGAAAUGGCAAGGCAGGAAUAUGACGAGGAUCCAUGACCUUGUAGGCGCGGGAAAUGAAACAGGCAAGGCUCCCCCGACGGGAUUCGUUGCAACUAGCGAAGCUACGAAGCUGUACGCCUACGACCUUAUUGCUAAUGCUACGGUGGGAGAUGUCGUGGACACUCAAGGUGGAUUCCUGUGUUAUACUUACGUCUGA